GACACAAGCACUGUAAAACUGUAUGAAAGAGUGUGCUGGGACUGAGCCCGGGCUUUGUUGCGUGGGUAAUAAAGUCUAUUUUUUGGCAUCAAACCCCUGAGACUUUGAGAGAUAUUUUGCAGAAAAGAUUCUACCACACCGUCAAUCUGAAGAAGCAGCAGAAGAAAUAUUAGUACAGGAGAAAGUGCUGUGAAUGAAGUAAUGAAGUGCCCGUUUUAAGCUGUGAGAGGCAGCAGCACUCCAUAGUACCAUUUAGCCUGCUGAUAGGAGGAGGAGGAGGCGAAGAAGAAGAAGAGGCAGCAGCAGAAGAAGAAGAAAAAAUCUGUUAUGUUGUCUAAACUAGCGAAAACUGCGAAACAUGAAUUUCUGAAGGUUUUCUCUUCCAAGCUUGCAUCAACACAUCCUUUUGAGAAUGCAAACUAGUUUAUAGUUCCUAAACAAUGGAAAAGCUUGGUGGCUCUGGAGAUGGCACAUCCAAUCAUCUAAGCCAAACAUCUAAUAACAUAACUAUACCUCUGGAGACCAUUCUAAAGGACAAGGAAAUCCUUUCUUAUGAAGGACCAAGAGCAUUUGAAAGUGACUGGAAACUAUCAUCACCAAGUCUGCAAACCAGCAAUGGCCAGAUUUUGGCACAUCAACAUAAUAACGAAUCUUGCAUAAGAAAAUCUAUGGUGUCAAUUCAUAGACAGACUGGACAGAAUAGAAAUCAUGGUUGUACAGCAGUGCUCCCUAAAGAAAACUCUCCUCAGCACGAAUUGAAACAUCUCUGUUCAAAUGAUAGACCACCAGAAACAUCAGCUUGGAAACUCUUGCUUCAAAAAUGCCCAAUUCAGUUAAGUUCUUCAUCCUUCAGACACCAAAAUGCAUCUUCUGCCUCAACGACCACAAACAUAUCACAACAGUCUAUGCCACAUAUGAUUGUUCUGAAUACUAAUAAUCUCAGUGGAAGCUGGAAGAAUAAUCAAUACAGUCAGCACCAGCAUGUGAAGAUUGUUAAUAAUUUACCUAAGGACUCGAUCUGUCAGGGAUUGUUGACUGAUGUUGGACGUUGUGGUUUUAUUUUAGCACAGUCUCAACCGGUCAAACUUUGUCAACAAAAUGCUUGUAUGCCUAAAGAUAGCUAUCAGCAGAGGUAUGCGCCUCAGAAAGCUAUUGCUGUUGUUACACCAUUGACUCAGCAGGUAGUUGCAGGUGUUACAUUUUCAAAGACCCUGACCAAAGUGAAGGAGGGAGGCCAUGAAACAAGAUAUCUACCAAAUAAGAAUAACCAUCACCCUUACAUUCCACAUACCUUACAGUCAACAACUAAUGAAAGUGGUACAAAAACUUUGUAUGAUAAUAUAUCACAAACAAAGGAAAUGCCAUCAAAAUCAGUACUAGCCACUGGAUUUUCUCACUGUGUAAAGAAUAAUGGCCCUGCUGAGAAUAAUAAACUUCCUGGUCAGAGUGAAAGAUUGUCCUCAGUCCCUGUUAAUAGUGUGAGUAUAGAGAGAAAAGAAGUGGUACAGCCGUAUCUCACUGACAAUAACUGUAGUGCUAAAUUUCUCAGUGAAGAUGAUGCUACGGUGAUGGGCAGAAAUUCUGAAGGCACGGAAACUAGAAUGGAUGCUAGAAUGCAUAAGUUGUCUACCAUACCUGUAAAUGAGUGGUCUCUUCAGAGAUUGCAAACCUUAGUGACUGACUUAGAGCAGAUGCAAAAAAGGCAGCAGAAAGACAUACCUUUUUUUGACCUUUCCAGCAAGAUUUUAAAAUUGUACUGGAAUGGAGAUUAUCAAAAAUUAUGCAAUGCAGCAAAGUCAAGCAUUUAUAUCAAUAUCAUGAAAGAAGUCAGACUUCACUGCGGAACAGAAAAUUCUGUAAUACUCCAGGGAGUUUCAAGAGAGAGACUGAAUGAAAUUGCAUCAAGCUUUCACAUUUUAGAACAUGGCAUUGCACCCCCCAAGAUGGUGUACAAAUCAUCCUGGUUGAAUCUCAGUGAGAAACACUAUGAUAUGGACAAGGAACAUGAUUGUCUGUCAUCCUUAAUGACUUUGCACUACAAAACAAAAAUUGCUGACAAGGACGUGCCAAUGAAAGAGAUGGAAAACAGGCAGGAGCCUACAGAUGAGAAGCUAAAGGCAUCUAAUAAGGCACUAAGUGAAGGAGAGAAACAGAGCAAAUCAUUACCACCUGAGCAUCAAAACAACUCAAGUGUUAAAGGUGACAAAAUGGUAAGAAAAGAGCCAGUGGUCAUGGAUGCUGAAAAUAAAUGUUCUGUCAGAGAGACAGAAGGACAAGAUAGUAUGACUGUGAAUGUGAUAAAGAAAAGAGUACAAUCAGAGAAACAAAAUAAAACAAAUGGUGAAAAUGAGGCACCUUUGCUACUGUCCUCAAGUACACAAUCAUUAGAUGUGAGUGACAGCUGUAUAAAACCAGGGAAUUUGUUCAAACUCCCCACCACAGACGUGACUCCUAGGUUGGACAAAAAUGGUAUUACAGACUGCAUUUCUGUUGAGAUGAGCAUCCUUCCACCAGAGAAAGCUAGAAGAUUGUUUGCUGGGGAGCCAGAUGAAGAGGUGGAUAACAGGCAAAAAGAAGAUGAACAAAUUUUGACAGACAGCAGGGGUCAAGUCACUGUGGAAUUAUUUGACCAGGAUAAAAAACACAUGGCCACUGAAAAUAAAUCAGAAGAGGGGAGCAAUAGAAUUAAAAUCAAUUGGCAAUUGGAGAACUACUGUUGUCUCGCUAAAUGGUUCCAUGUUUUGGGCUAUAGAAAUGGAGGGCUUUGCAAGUGUGAGAAAAAAGCUGAAGUGAGUCGUCAUGCUAACACCUCAGGCAAAGGUGUGAAGGAGGUAAAUGCAGAUAAGCUCAGGCAUCCUUUCGAGAAAGCUUCGAAGCUCACUGAUACUGACAUUUGUGUGCUGAGAGAUAACAGACAGGCAAAAAACAGACUUGGAUACAGAAGCAUGACUGGAAAAAAUUCAGUUACCUCACCCAUUGAUGAUGAUGAUGCCAGCAUAGAUGAGAUUGAGAUUGUGGAUGUCGUCACAAACUAUGAAGAUGUACUUAAAAUGGCAAAUGCAAUGUCAGAGCAGAUGGAAAUGCCACUUAUAGCACGUACUGCACGUGAGUCCACAUCAGGCAGGAAACACUGCAGAGCUCACAAAAAAAUCACAACGCCAAAGUUCAAGACAGGAGAUACACUAAUAAACCUUGCAUUAUUUGGCACCUCUCACAUGAGACAAAAGAAAAAUAUUUCUGGGUUGAUGUCAUCGGAUAAGGUGCACCUUCCCCCGGAAACAAUUAAUGUAAGAGUAGGUUCUGGUUGGGAUGAGUACCCUAACAGUACUAAAAGCCAGACUCCUAAACAGCAAGUUUGGAAUUCUUGGAAGAAGACCUAUGUGCCAUCAAAGAUGUCUACUAACAAAAGGUCAAAGAUGCGGAAAAGUGCAAAAGCAGCAGAAUCAAAAAAUGAUGCUGCAGAUAACUCUGUGAUAAAAACAACAGCCUUUGAUCUGAUUACAACUUUGCUGUCACAUGAAGAAGAUGCACAAACACAUCAGUCUGAAGCAAAAUAUGAAAAUACAUCGUCUUUGGCAUCAGCUGACAAACAGAAAAAUACAGACAGAGAUCAAUCCAAGAAAAAAAACAGGAAAAAAAUCAGUUCUACCAGAAAGGAUAAAAUAAGGAAGCUGAAACUAAACAAAAUGUUGGCAUCAUUUAAUCUCAACAAGAGAUGGAAUUACACAAAUAAUGGAAGUAAACUAAGGAAGUCCUCCUUUGAUCAGGCUCAGUCUAUUAAUACAAGUAAAAAUAAAUUAAACACAGGUUUAGCCUUAAAUUUCGGAGUUCUGCCAGAGUCUUUCAUCAUACCAGACGGUAGUUCCUCCAUGGAAGCCAAACAGUCUGCAAGUGCAGAUAGUGGAUCCAAAGUUAAAACUGUGAUUCAGACCAAAAGGACAUGGGGCAUGUCAGGUGCUUGGUGUGACAGCCCCAGGAAGAAACAGUGCCUCAAAUCUACCCCUACCCAACCAAACACAUCUGGGCCCAGCACAUUCCAAGAAUUCAAGAAGAAAUAUGAAGAAAAAAAGCAGAGAAUUCCUACCUAAUUUUCUUUAAAACUAUAUAUAAAAAUAAGACAUCAAUGAUGCUAUAAUAAAAACAUUUUGGUUAUGCUUCUGUACAUAGUAUGUGUAGUUAAUUAAUUAACUAAACAGAGCUGAGCCUUUCAAUUUAUACUGGAAAAUAAUCACUUAAAAUAGUAAUGCAGCCGAGUGAGAAAUGUGACCUCAUUGAAACACAGGGUUUAUGCAAUAUUUGUUUGAAAUGCAGACACUAUUAUAUCUACUGACCAUAAUGCUGCUUGAAAAUGUCAAAUAGUAUGUUUUUGCAUUAAUGCUUGUUUAAACCCCUGUUUACAGUUAUUUCUUGUUUUUUUUUUCAUUAUGUAUGUGAAAUGUUAUUUUUUAAUAUUUUUUAAAAAUAAAUAUCAGUGACAUCAGGAUUCAUUGUUGUAAUACCAGCAGUGGGUUUGACCAAAGUUUCAGUCAAAACUCACCUUUGACCCAGUAUUUCAUCUUGACAAAGUAAUCAGGGAUCAAGGAAGUAAGUGUUGAAGAAAUUGUUGUUAGGUGCAUCCCACUUCCACUGAUCAUCUUUGAGAUGUUUCUACAGCUUAAAUUUUGCAUGUGGUAAAUUCGGUUGAUGUAGUGCAGGGCCAUGCAGUGCCAGUGCUGUGCAGUGCAGCGUCAGAGCAAAAACAAUAAACCAUGAGGUUAAAGGAAUUGUUGCCAGCCUUGUGAGACAGGAUUGUCUGAGGAAGGGUACCUAAAAUAUCUUCAGCUUUGAAGGUCCUGAAGCACACAGUGGCUUCCAUCGUCAUUAAAACCCUCAGACACUCCGUAGAGUUGACCAUCCAGCCAAAUGAGCAAACAGCGAUGAGAGGCAUUAGUCAAUUAAGAACUAGAAAGUUAUGCUGGCAGAACUAUUGAAGUCUUGUGUUGAGACCCAGAAAGACAUUCACCUCGUAACGAAAACCUGGUCACGAUCCUUCAGAACCCCAGACUGGGGUGAAGCUUCCACUUUCCAACAAGGUUUUUAUUUUAUCUAGCUAACGAUAACUGAUUACUUAAUUUUGUAUGUUGUGUGCUGUUUAUGACCUUGCAGAAUGAGCUUUGGCAGCUGGUACCAGGCCAGACCAAGCUGGAUUUUUCAGUAGGGUUUACACUGGUUUUUAAGUCCACUGUGGAUUUAUUUUCAUCUAUUUGCAGUAUUAAUUUUUAAAAAAGAAAACAUUGAGAAAUUCCAUUAAGUCAUAUACCUUUUUGGUUCUAAAAUCUGAUUGGCUGAGCCAUGUUCAAAGCCAUACACCUGUGACUGUAACAAGAAUACCCUUAGAAUACCCUGCAAUAAAAUAUCAGUAACGCACACCCUCCCAGUUUACAACCCUCUAGAAUACUUUUAUUUUGAACUUUCCAGUAAACCUUUAUUUUGAAAUAUAGCGUCUCAUUAUGACCGGAAGUCGUGUGUGGGUCUGCAGAUGUAAACAAUGUUGGGCUGACAAUGACAACAGUGUGUAUAAACUGACCUGCGUGCUCCCUGCAGUUUCUUUUAAAUAUAAGGGAACAUACUAAUACAUUAGACAUUUCGUUCUUCUAGUCAAGACUUUAUUCAUACGCCGUUCAACAGAAUCGUGUGGACUGAACUGUGACUGACAGCAGGCCUGAUGAUGGAUUCUUUAUUAGAUCUGAGUGCAGUGUGUGUGGCUCAGUAUGCAGACCAGUAUAUUGAGUGCAUUAGGACUUUACCAUUCAGCGUCAAGGACAAACUGCUACGAAUAAUGACGGCUAAAGGCACUCUUACCGAUUCCAACAUAAGUCAGCUCCUGCAUGCAGGAAUUCACACCCUCGGCCUGCAGAACUGCAAGGUUUCAGACUCAGCACUCAGACAAAUCCACUGUCAGCAACUAAAGACUAUAAUACUAAAAGGAUGUGUGAAUAUCACAUCAGAAGGUCUGAACGCCUUGGCCUCACACUGUAGGAGUCUUCAGGUAGUUGACCUCACUGGAUGUGCAGCUGUAACUGACUCAGGUGUACGAGCGCUGACGCGGAGCUGUAAGCGGCUAGAGGUUAUCUCCCUCAAUGAAUGCCCUGCAAUCAGUGAUGUAGCCCUGAUCGAGCUAGGGGCUAACUGCAGGUGUCUGUACAGCAUCGAUUUUAGUGGGACAGACGUCACUGACGAAGGUGUUAUUGGUCUUGUAACUGGAGUGUGCUGCCAGAGCUUAAAGGAGUUACAGAUGGUACGGUGCCGUAACUUAACAGACAAGGCUGUGGCUGCUGUUCUCUCAAACUGUGUCAACAUCAGAAUAUUCCUUUUUCAUGGAUGUCCCCUCAUUACAGAUAAAUCCAGGGAGGCACUUCAUAACCUUAUCGGGCCUAAAAAGAUUCAGCAGGUCUCCUGGACUGUAUACUGAGUCUACUCUAAUUCAUUCUUUGAGCUCAUGCAGAACAUCCACACACCUGUUAUUGCAUAUAAAAAUCUACAGUGGAAAAACACAUAGUAAACACAUGCUAAAAUCAGUUUGACUGUAACAAGUCACAGGUGUCACUGCUAAACUCACACAUAAUCUACAAGAUUACAGUUUGUGUUCUGAGCUGUUGAAAGUGUCCAUAGCUCAGAUGAAACAGGUGAAUUUCAGUAAUGUGAAUAUGCUAAAUAUUAGUAACACAAUACGUUUGUUGUAUAUUUAUUUACACUAACUUUAUAAAGCACUUUUUGGAUGUAAGAACUUUCAUUCUUGUUAAUGUCUAUUUCUUAAUAAAAUCUUUGAUGAAGAUGAAAA